AUGAACCCCACCCCGCCUGUAACACGAUACAUCUAUUCAUAUUCAGGGUCACCCCAAUUAGGCUACAAGUAUGUCGUAGAAAUACAUUUGGCGCAAAGAAGCAAGCUACUGCACGCGUCCGUUCCACAAUUGGCGGCAACUUUUGCUCGUCACUUGCCCGCUCUCCAUAAUAUGUAG